AUUUGUGGUCAUACCUGGGGCGUUAGGCGCAGUGGUUGCCAGGUGUGCGGAGCUCGGCUGGAGCUCGUUUGGCUUUGUGUCAUGACUGAAGAAGGCUACCUUUUUUGUUCUGUACCCGUCAACGUCCGAUAAAUAUCGAUGAUAAACAUAGCUGCCAAGAUCAUAAAGUGGUAACAACAAGACACUCGAGCUCGGAUCACACCAUUACCACUGGCUUGUGAUGUCACUUCCCUGCCACAGAGUGUGAUGGUUUGUGCCAGGAUGGUGAAGCAUCUCAGGCUGCCAUUGCUGCUCCUGCUGCUGGCAUUAGCUGCAGAAUGCAACAGCAUGUCUAAACCAGGAAAACCAGACAAACUUGGCUGCAGGUCCCCCGACAAGGAGACUUUUUUCUGCUGGUGGACGCCAGGCUCUGAUGGAGGGCUGCCCACUGUGCAUCGCCUCUACUAUAAGACAGAAGGUAGGGAGACUGUACGCCAGUGUCCAGACUACCACACAGCACACUCCUGUUUCUUUAGCAAGACCUACACCUCUAUCUGGGUCGAGUACACUGUGAUUGUGGAGGCCUCCAAUGCCCUUGGGAAUACAUCUUCAGACCCCCUUACUUUUGACUUGAUGGACAUUGUGAAGCCCUAUGCACCUGAAAACGUUACACUGGUGGUCAGCAUAGGGGACAAUCCACACCUCACCAUCCAAUGGCACACACCGUCUAACAUAGACACAAAGUCAGGAUGGGUCACUCUGAAGAAUCAACUGAGAAUCAAACUAGAAAAGAGCAAAAUAUGGAAGAAUUACACGUCAGAUACACAAACACAUUUUACCAUUUACAACAUUGAACUUGGGGUGGUGUACAUGGUCGAAGUGCGCUGUGCAAUAGACAAUAGCGCCUGGAGUGAGUGGACCAACACUACCUUUGUCAAAGUACCUAACUUUCCUCGCACGGACAAUUCCUUUUGGAUACUGGUUUUCAGCCUCUCUCUGAUUCCGUUGCUUGUAGCAAUGAUUAUCUUGAUCCUGAAGAGAAAAACUGUGAAGAAGUAUAUUCUGCCCCCUGUCCCGGCUCCAAAGAUAAGAGGAGUUGAUGUUCAACUUCUCAAGAGCGGCCGAUCUGAAGAUGUCAUUAAUGCCAUGCUUCUCAACCAGAGAUUUCCUGUUGUGAUGCCCUGGAAGGACCAGAAUGAGGAUUACCUGAUCGUGUCUGAUAAAGAAACCUCGUAUUUGCCAUUGGAAAAAAAUAAAAUAUUCAUUCUGCCAGUUGCCAUAACAUUAGACUCAGAAGUCCAAUCUAAGGAGACAAGUGAAGUGGAUCGCUUUCUAAAAGACAGUGAGUCUUCCUCAGAGGAGAGUUCAGAGAAGACCAAGUCGUCGCAGCUUCUUACUAAAUGCCCAAGUACAAACGUUUUGAAUGAUGAGAAAGCAAAUCAGCUAAAAGGUGUUACUGAGAAGAUCAUCCAACCCUUUGGAAUCAGCGGUUAUGUGGAUAUUCCGAGACAUGAGCACACGCAGGAAGCAGACUACAGCCGAGUGAACGAGGUGAACAGUGACAAUAUUUUAAUCAUGAAGAAAGAAAAUGUUCCCCAUACUCUGGACACACAGGGGCAAGAAGGCGGUGUGCUCGAUGACUACAGCAGGGUGAAAGAAGUGAAUAGUGACAACACUGUUUUCCUGGAGAAACACAGUGACUCAGUUAAUGCUUCUAUUAGGGCUAAAGGCUACAUAGACUGGGUCAAUCAGAAGGCAAAAAGUCCUCAUGUGACUGGGCACAGUGAAAUGGGAGUGUGCCCACAACUAGUUGGUUGUGGAUAUGUAGAUACUUUCCCCCCACCAGCUGUAAUCUAAAGCUUUUUAUCAUAUAAAAAUGCUAUUAUAAGGUGACAGCGGACAUUCAGCAUUACUUACUGUUGAAUCAAAGCUGUCAAUAUUCUAUUUUUGCUGUUCUCGUUGGAUGUAUGGUUGGUACAGACAUUUGUAAAACCAUAAGAUGUACCAUCUCUGGUCCAGAGUAAAAUUUUAUGACAGCUACGGGAUGGACUCCUGUUAAAUGUACUGCGCACACUCAAGGCCUCGCCUUGAGUAAAUUAUACUUGCACCAACAGCAGGUGAAAGUUUGUCCUUAUUCAGCAGAACGGUUUGACACGUGCUCAUUGGAUUUGCACAUUUGGUCCAGACAUCCAUGAGAAUAAUGGUGCUCUGAUGUUUCAUCUCCAGUCAUCUGGGGACUGACAUUUUUGGUUUUGAGUGACAUCUAGUGAAUGGAUUGUUGUGAAAUUUUCUGCAGAUAUUUAAAAAUGGCUUUGGUGAUGUCCAGGUUUUCAACCACAUUUCAGUUUGGUUAAUACUGUGGUUUACCAAUUAAUACCUGCAAAAUUAAACAAAAGCCUCAGGUGUAAUUUGUGUUUAGUAGUAAUUAGUAAUACCAAAGUUAUGCUGAACUCGAUCGAGACUAUACCAGAUUUUAGCUCAAAGCAUGAUGUGUCCGAGUAAAGCAUCACUGAAUUGCUUUUAAGUCAACUCGUAUAUUAAAUUAGCCACGUCAAGCUUUCAAAACAUCAUUAGUAGUAUGAAUGCUCAAUGUGUGGUUUAUCAAAGUAAAAUCACUCAAGUUUAAUCAUUUAAGGUUUGUUGGCAAAGAGAUGGUCGCUUGAUGGCUUUACAGUUGCUGUUUUUCUUUUUUUCUUUGCCUCAGGAAGGUAAAUUGUGGUCCGUUUGAUUUAUCAAGAAUGUACACAAAAAAGCACCCAGGUUUCUAAAGUCAUUACAACACAACAUUAUUGGCACAAUUUAAUUUUCUAAAGUGGUGGCAUACUGUGCUGUAACUGACAAGCAAAUCUGCACAUGAACCUGUCACUAGUCUAAUCAAGUGAAUAUUUUAUAAGAUAUGGUAUCAUUAAAAAAGGUUCAGACUUAAAGCAUUAAUUGUUGUGUUUUACUGAUGUAAAGUUAUUAGAUUUUUAAAACGCAUUUUUGUAACAUAAUGCAAGGACUUACAGAUAGGUAAUACUUAUGCAUUACGCAUGUAAAACGGCUAAUUACAUGUGGAAAAUUAAAAAGAAAUUGAUGGGUUGUUUUUUGGGGGGGGUUUUAUACACUCAAUUAGAGAGACAGAGGGAGAGAGAGCGAGAUCAGUAGUAGCAGAGUUCAAAUGUGUUAACAGAGAUGACAUAAUAAAAUAUGGAAAAAUCAUU